CAGACAGGACGGCACACACUCAGGGCCACCAUGGAGGGCAGCUUCACUGGGGGCGAUGAGUACCAGAAACACUUCCUGCCCAGGGACUACCUGGCCGCCUUCUACAGCUUCGACAGUGGUCCCGUCCCCGAGGCUGAGAUGCUCAAGUUUAAUCUGGAGUGUCUCCACAAGACCUUCGGCCCGGCUGUGACCCCACAGGCCCGUCCUCCAGGCAGAAUGCUGGAAAUCACGCUUCAUUUCAGCUUCCGAGUAACCUCAACGCACUCCUGGGCCAUCUUCCCAGGGGGCCUCCAAGGGGACACGCUGAUCGACAUCGACUCAGGCCCUACCAUCUACCAAGUGCUUGCCGCCUGUGAGUCCUUCAAAGACAUCACUCUCUCUGACUUCACUGACCGCAACCGGGAGGAGCUGGAAAAGUGGCUGAAGAAGGAGCCUGGGGCCUACGACUGGACCCCGGCUGUGAGAUUCGCCUGUGAGCUAGAAGGGAACAGCGACCGGUGGCGGGAGAAGGAGGAGAAGCUGCGGGCUGUGGUAAAGCGGGUGCUCAAGUGCGAUGCCAACCUGGGCAACCCGCUGGCCCCAGUUGUACUGCCCCUGGCCGACUGUGUGCUCACGCUGCUGGCCAUGGAGUGUGCCUGCUGCAGCCUGGACGCCUACCGCGCCGCGCUGCGCAACCUUGCCUCACUGCUCAAGCCGGGUGGCCACCUGGUGACCAUCGUCACGCUGCGGCUCAAGUCCUACAUGGUGGGGAAGCGCCAGUUCUCCUGCGUGCCCCUGGAGAAGGAGGAGGUGGAGCAGGCUGUCCUGGACGCCGGCUUUGACAUCGAGCAGCUCCUGCACAGCCCCAGGAGCUACACCGUCAGCCUUGCUGCCAACACAGGGCUCUGUUUCAUCGUGGCCCGCAAGCGGCCUGGGCCCUGAGCCAGGAGGGCCAGCCAGGGAUGGGGCCAGGCUCAGGCCUCAGCCCGUCUACACUCUAGAGAGGGGUUAGGAAUGGGUAGUGUGUAACAGCCCCUGCUAUCAACACUAAUAGUCCAUCUUCUGAAAUCUUGAGAUUUUAACGUCCUCGUUUUAGAAUCCUAAGUUUCCAACAUACCUAGUUCUAGGAUCACACGAGUGGAAUUUUCCGUUUUCUAAUAUACUAAGUCUGACAGCUACCCUCAGAUGCUAUCUGACUCCUGUGCGAUGGUAGUGCACCCGGUCACAUAGUUUCAGAGUCUUCACCCAGUACGUUUAAGACAAGGAAACCUCUAGACAGUGGCGUAUUGGUAAACGUUUCACAAUCAGCUCUAAAAAAAGCAAAAAAAAAAAAAAAAAAACAGUGGAUGGAUGGAUGAUUUGUGGCGUUGCCUAUUUCCAUGGUGCGAAUGCUCCCACCGUGAUUGCUUUCAAGCGCCCAGUGGUUUAAUAACUGGACCACAAAAUUCCUAAAAAAUUAACCAUUGGCUCUCAUGAACUGAUACAAGCCAGCCUGAGCACACCACUGCCUCCAGACUAGGGUUGGCAGAUUUAGCAAAUAAAAAUACAGGAUGCCCAGUUAAUUGAACUUCAGAUGACCAAAAUAAAUUUCUUCUAGGCUGUGUGUCCCCAAAAUGGCACAAGACAUUCUUAUCCAAAACGAGUAUUAAUUGUUUAUCUGAAAUUCAGAUUUAACUGGGUGUCCUGUAUUUCAUCCGGCAGCCCUACGCCAGCCCUGGUCAUCCAGCCCCAAGGGGGAAGAGGCACAGUCUGGGAGUCAGGCUGUUGCUAGAACAUCAGGUGCCUUGUGUGGACUAGGAAAAUCAUUCCUACAGAUGGACAAACUGCAGAAAGGCGCCCUCUGCGCUGAUUAAUUGAAAAAGUAUUCCUUCUUCCUCUGGAUGGACGAUGAGAACAAGGUGGCCCUUCUGGCAGACCAAUUAGAGAAAGGUGCCCUUUCCUUAAGGCUGACUUGGUCCCACCCCUGAGCACCUUUCAGCCUCCCUUCCCCUCAAACCUGUACCUUUGUGUGGGGUGCACCCAGCAGAGCUGGACACAGCAGCCCCGAUGAGAGUCAGGAGACCUGGAUUCUAGUCCCAGCCCUGCCGCUAAUUGGCUGGGUGAUCUUGAGUGUCUUUUCCCUUCUCUGGGCCUCCUAUUUCCUUUCUGUGAAGUCAGGGAAAUGGGACCUAAUCAAAUAACCUGCAAGAAAACUCUAGAAGCAGGACAUCAUUGAUGUGAAAGCACUUUGAAAAGUAAAAGGCUUUGCGCAAAUGA